AAGAGGGCGUGUGAUUACUGCAGGCAGAAGAAAUGCGAUGGUGGAGAGGUGUCGGAGCCCCGAUGUUCGAGGUGCAUUGUGGACGGAAUAGAUUGUACCUAUGACCCCAACGUGCGUGACCGACUUCUUCCUAUCAGUUAUGUGCAAUCACUUGAGGACCGACUGGAUAAGAUGGAGAAGCUGGUUGCUCAGCUCUGCCCCGACCCUGAGGAGUUGGACAGCAUGUUAGAAAGAAUUCGUCUCAAAGGGCAGGAACCACGUUCAGCUACCUCACCGGCCCUCCCUCCCUCCCGCCCAUCCACCUACUCGAGUCCAAACGACCUGACUCCACUUCCCCCUGGCCUCGAUGCCUCCAUCGAUUCGGACGACCUUGGUUUAAGCGACGACGACGGACCGGCAACAAAGGUCAAAAUGUUCGGCAAGAUCACACAGGGAGUCGAGAUACCACCAGGUGGUGCUCUUCGGUACCACGGUGAAUCGAGCGACAUGGUGUUCCUCCAGGCUAUGAUGGAUCUGAAGGACCAAAUGACGGGAAUGCACCUCGAAGUCGCUCCGGGAAAGGUUAUGUGGUCGAAGGAGCAGGCCAAUCCUUUACAACUGGGAAGGCCUCCACUCUUGCCCGCACCGCAUACGGGCUUCCCGCCGCGCGACCUGAUCGACAAACUCGCCAAUGCUUACUUCGACGCCUUCAACAUGUACCUACCGUUGCUACAUCGCCCGACUUUUAACAAACAUCUCGACGAUGGCAAGCAUCUCACGGAUCGCGGCAUAGGCUCUGUCGUAUUCCUCGUCUGUGCCCUCGGCGCGCGCCAUGUACUAGAUGAUCCUCGGACCGUGGUCGGACACAAAGAUCCUGGUUGGCACUGGUUUGAGCAUGUGGACCGCGCGAAAUGGUCUGUCCGCGACCGGCCAAAGCUCGAAGACCUACAGGUGUGCCUCACUGCAGCAUAUUUGGUCGGCUCGGACGCGCCCCUGAGUGGCUGGAACAUCGUCGGUCUCGGCAUGCGUAUGGCCCAAGACGUUGGUUGCCACCGCAAGAAAAUGUACCGGUCGAAACCCACUGCGCACGACGAACUGUGGAAGCGAGCAUUUUGGUCUCUGCUCGCAUUUGACCGCAUGGGGAGCUUUGGAUUAGGUCGACCUGCGGCGAUUCAUGAUGAAGACUUCGACACAGAGCCUUUGCUUGAAGUGGACGAUGAAUACUGGUUUAACGACGACCCGGAAUUAUGUUUCAAGCAACCAGAGGGCAAACCAUCCACAGUCGCACUCGCGAACUGCUUCGCGAGGCUUUUGAGGAUUUUCGCGUUCGCCAGUCGGACCAUCUACUCUAUCAACAAGAGGAAGCUCGGCUUCGGUGAUGAUGGAUCUGACUGGGAACGCCGAAUCGUCACGGACAUAGACUCUGCCUUGAAUAGAUGGAUGGACACAAUCCCAGAGCAUCUGAGAUUGGACAACAAGUCAAAAGAAGGCGUGUUCCUAAGCCAAUCCACGGGGCUCUAUUGUUUCUAUUAUUUUGCCCAGAUUUUCGUUCAUCGACCAUUCAUCUCAUCUCCAAACAAGCCUUCUCGUCUCCCGUUCCCCUCGCUCGCCAUAUGCACGAGUGCUGCACGCUCCUGUAUCCAUCUAAUUGACGGGUAUUAUCAGCGCGCAGGUAAUGCAGAAGGAUUGCACCAGUUGCCCCUUUUCUCCUCUGGACUGGUUCUUCUCCUCAACAUGUGGGGCAACAAGAAGGCAGGCGUCUCGUUCAAUGCCGAUUUCGUGGACGUGAAGAAGUGCCUCACUCUACUAAAGACGCUCCAAGGACGGUGCGUCUGU